AUGGCUUCCUUCAGUUUCCCCAACAUGUUGCCCAACUUCAUGGCUGCGAACGCGCUUGGGAUGCCCGGCUUCAACCUCUUCCAGCAGCAGCAGCAACAGUUCCAGAUGCAGUUGCAGCAGCAGGCUAACCAACCUCAGCGCAAGUCUCUCUUCGCACCUUACCUCCCGCAGGCGUCACUUCCGCCACUUUUGGGUGCGGGCAAACUUGUGGUUGGCAUUUUGCGGGUGAACAAGCGCAACCGGUCCGACGCGUACGUCUCCACGGAAGUGCUGGACGCCGACAUCUACAUUUGCGGUUCCAAGGACCGCAAUCGCGCCCUGGAGGGCGAUAUCGUUGCUGUUGAGCUCCUUGACGUCGAUGAGGUUUGGGGCACGAAGAAGGAGAAGGAGGAGAAGAAGAGGAAGAAGGAAGAGAAUGCUGCUUACGAUAUCGUCAAACUUAAUGCGGGCAAGAAGAACGACAAGAAGAAGGAUGAUGUGGAGGUCGAGGGUCAGGGUCUGAUGCUUUUCGAGGACGAGGAGGUCACGGAUGAAGUCAAGCCUCAAUUUGCUGGCCAUGUCGUGGCUGUUGUUGAGCGCAUGCCCGGCCAGCUCUUCUCUGGUACGCUUGGCUUGCUCCGCCCCUCUUCCGCGGCCACCAAGGAGAAGCAGGAAGCCGAGCGUCGCGAGCGUGAAGGUGACAAGGAGCCCGCCGAGGAGAAACGUAGUGGAACUGACCGUCCCAAAAUCGUCUGGUUCAAGCCUACCGACAAGCGUGUGCCGCUCAUCGCCAUCCCUACCGAGCAGGCACCGCCUGACUUCGUUGAAAAUUCUGAGGCAUAUGCCAAUCGCCUGUUCGUGGCUUGCAUCAAGCGCCACCCGAUCUCCUCCCUCCAUCCCUUCGGCACGCUUGUGGAGGAACUCGGUCCGAUCGGCGACCUCGAAGUCGAGACCAGCGCUCUCCUGAAGGAUUGUAACUUCCCUACCGAGGACUUCUCUGACAACGUUCUCAAGUGCCUGCCUCCUUUGCCUUGGACUAUCCCAGAUCGCGAAUACGAGACUCGCCGCGAUCUGCGUGGUGAUCGUAUCUUUACUAUUGACCCGUCGACGGCAAAGGAUCUCGAUGAUGCCAUGUCCGUCAGGAAGAACGAGGACGGAACUUACGAUGUCUCUGUUCAUAUUGCCGAUGUGUCCUACUUCGUCAAGCCGAGCACUGCGCUUGACAGGGACGCGAAGAAGAGGGCUACAAGUGUCUACCUCAUCCAGCGUGCGGUGCCUAUGCUGCCACCUGCCCUGAGCGAGGAACUGUGCAGUCUCGUGCCCGGUGUUGACAGGCUCGCUUUCACUGCCAUUUUCAAUAUGUCGCCACAGGGUAAGGUCAUUGGCAGCUGGUUCGGUCGCACCAUCAUCAGGUCUGCUGCCAAGCUGGCCUACUCGAACGCUCAAAAUGUCAUUGACGGCCACCCUCUUGGGGACGUUGAAGUCAGUCCUGAGCAUACGGCCAGCGAGAUCGAAGAGGACAUCAAGAUUCUCCAUGACUUGGCUACCAAGCUUCGCGAGGCCCGCUGGGAGGCUGGUGGUCUCCGCAUCCACUCUCAGAAACUGCACUUCGAACUUGAUGACAACAACAUGCCCCUGGAUUGCGAAGCAUAUGAUCGCACCGAGGCCAACUCGUUGAUCGAAGAGUUCAUGCUUCUUACUAACCUGAGCGUGGCUAAGAUGAUUGCUGCCGCUCUUCCAGAACAGGCAAUGCUGAGGCGGCAUGAAGAGCCCGUCCCUCGUCGCCUGGAAAGAUUUGCCGAGCAGGCUGCGCGUCUUGGUGUCGCUAUGGAUGUGUCCAGUGCCGGCGCCCUGCAGAAAUCGUUCAACGCUAUCGAAGAUCCUCUGCUUCGGAGGCAGCUUGAAAUUCUGGCUACUAAGGCUAUGCACCGGGCAAAAUAUUUCUGCUCUGGCAUGCUAGAUAUCGCCAAGUACCAGCAUUACGGCCUGAACGCCCCAUUGUACACCCACUUCACCUCCCCAAUCCGCCGGUACGCGGACGUGCUUGUUCAUAGGCAGUUAGACUGUGUUUUGCAGAAUCCUCAAGAUGUAGAGACUCGCUUCAACAUGGAUCGUGAUGCUGUAGCAAAAGUGGCGCAGCAGUGCAAUAUUAAACGUGACUCCGCGAAGCUUGCUCAAGAGCAGUCUGCGCAUUUGUAUUUAUGCUUGUUACUCUCCGAUUUGUCACAGCGCUAUGGGCCCGUCAUCCGCCAGGCCCGUGUCAUCGGCAUUUUGGAUGCUGCCUUCGACGUUUUUGUGCCUGACUUCGGUAUUGAGAAGCGUGUUCAUGUGGACCAGAUGCCCAUUGAGAACCAUGUCUACGACGAGCACGCCCAUUCUCUGCAGAUCUAUUGGACGGACAAGGACGUCAUUUCUUGGCUCGCGGAGAACAGCAGCGAUGACCCGCAUCUCCAGAAGAUGCGACGCACUGCUGAGAUGCACGCGCGGAAUCAAGCGAACAUGGAGUUGUCUUCUCGCCAAGCAACGGAUGAAAGCGCUCUCUUCGAAGAACCUGAGGACGACGAACCUGCAGAUAGUGGUGCUAUUGAGGUCAUCGAAUCCCACCAGCAUGAUCUGUCUCGCAAGAAGGAGAUUCCGCUUUUCGAAGGCCUGAGGGACACCGGUGGACAUAAGAUCCAAGAGAUCAAAGAAGCGAUGCUCGUCCCUGUUAUCGUCACUGCCGACCUCACGAAGAGUCCUCCAGUGAUCAAGGUCUACAGCGUCAAUCCGUACGCCUCGAAGAAAUAA